UGCUGAUUUUUCAGCAGGCUCUGGGUUGCUCUAAAGCAAUCAUAAAAUAAAGCUGGGUGCACAUCUGUGCAGUGGUCCUGGAGAGCUCCAGCCUGCUGCAGGAGGCCAUGAAUGCCCAGGAAUGUCUCCCUGAGGAUGAGUUUUGCUCACUGUCUCUCUGUGCCCUCCCUGCAGGCGUCCAGCACCCGGCCCGAGUGCAGCAUCAUGCAGGAGAUCGAGGAGGAGCGCAGCCAGUGCCUGGCAGAGCUCACCUGGGACAACCAGACCUCAGGCUGCAGGAGGCAGUGGGACAACAUCACGUGCUGGCCUGAGGCAGAGGUGGGAGAAGUCGUGGUACGACCAUGCCCCAAGUACUUCAGGUUCCUGACCUCCUUCCUGGGGAAUGUGACCAGGAAUUGUACAAGCCAGGGCUGGUCAGACGUGUACCCUGCACCCUAUGCUGUGGCUUGUGGAUAUGAUUCCAACAGCACUCCAGGGGAAGAGCAAACGGCGUUCUACGGAACGGUCAAGACGGGCUACACCAUCGGGCACACCUUAUCCCUCAUCGCCCUCACGGCUGCCAUGAUCAUCCUGUGUCUCUUCAGAAAACUACACUGUACUCGAAAUUACAUUCACAUGCACCUCUUCAUGUCCUUCAUCAUGAGAGCCAUUGCAGUCUUCAUAAAGGAUGUGAUCCUGUUUGAAAGUGGGGAGUCUGAGCACUGCUUUGUGAGUUCAGUGGGCUGCAAGGCUAUGAUGGUUUUCUUCCAGUACUGUGUCAUGGCCAACUUCUUCUGGCUGCUGGUGGAGGGGUUGUACCUUCACACCCUGCUGGUCAUCUCCUUCUUCUCGGAGAGGAAAUACUUCUGGUGGUACAUCCUGAUCGGCUGGGGUGCCCCCUCCGUGUUCAUCACUGCCUGGACCAUUGUCAGGAUUUACUUUUUCGAUGUUGGGUGCUGGGAGGAAAUAGUGGAAUCCCCAUUCUGGUGGAUCAUUAAAACUCCUAUUUUGGUGUCUAUUUUGGUGAACUUCAUCCUCUUCAUCUGCAUCAUCCGUAUCUUAGUCCAGAAGCUGCAUUCCCCAGAUGUUGGGCACAACGAAACCAGCCAAUAUUCGAGGCUGGCCAAGUCCACUCUGCUGCUGAUCCCUCUCUUUGGCAUUCACUACAUCAUGUUUGCUUUCUUCCCUGACAAUUUCAAAGCAGAAGUGAAGCUGGUCUUUGAGCUCGUGGUUGGGUCAUUCCAGGGAUUCGUGGUGGCUGUUCUGUACUGCUUUCUCAAUGGAGAGGUGCAAGCUGAGCUCAAGAGGAAGUGGCGGAGGUGGCACCUGGAGAGGUUCCUGGGCUCGGACAUGAAGUACCACCACCCUUCCCUGGGCAGCAAUGGCACCAACUUCAGCACCCAGAUCUCCAUGCUGACCAAGUGCUCGCCCAAAACACGCCGCUGCUCCGGCUUCCAGGCUGAGUUCUCUCUGGUGUGAUGGGGAGAGGCUCCCCAGGCACUGAGCAUCCAAAACUGAGACACGAGGAGCCCCGGGAAUCAGUGGUCCCAUGACAAACCCCUGUGAAAUGACCUGCUCCACAUGAGCCAACAGAGGACACACAACUGGAAAAGGCUCUGGCACCCAGGAUGAGAUGGGACAAGCCAAGAGGAACACUCUUGCUCUCCCUCUUUUCAGGCCUUUCACUCUUCAGUUUCAAGCCCUCGGGGGUUGAUGACUCUGAGGAAUUGUCCAAGUUGCUUGAGGACAGCCUGGGAGAUGCUGUUGUGUCAUAAAUGAUGAAGUGCUGGGGG